AUGCAAAUAGAGGAGUUUGCCCACAGGAAGAACCUAAAGCUAAAGUAUCUGGAAGGAAACGGGUCACGGGACGAACAGGUCGACAUGGAGUUGCGCCUGAGGCUCAUUGGCAAGAACAACUUGUCCGCCCACUUGGGAUUCGUGAAUCCCUCCAGUUCGUCCACUCUGAUCGUUAUCGUGCCCUGUGGCAAAGGAAAGAGCUUGAAGGACAUAUACAAGCAAAUGGACAUCAAGAAGUGGUUCGCGUACGUCCUGGUGCUAUACGUCAUUCUGAUCCUGGUCGAGAACUUUAUUCUUCUCGUGACCUGUCGGAUCAACGCCCAGUCCUACCGGCUGAGGAGGGAGAACUUCCUGCUGAACCUCUGCGCCUUUCGGGCUAUCCUGGGAAUGUCCUUUCCCAUCAGCCAGCGGGCCAGUCUCUCGCAAAGGCAGCUCUUCCUGGCGAUGAGCGUCUUCGGGAUAGUCUUCAGCAACUUCUUCAGCUGCAAGCUGAGCGCCCUCUUCACCACGCACCCGAACAGGCCUCAGGUGACCAACUUCGAGGAGUUGCGGGCCAGCGGACUGGUCGUAACUGUGGAUCCUCUAACUCGAGGCUUCAUAGAGAACGAGCUCGAUGCCGACUUCUUUCACCGGACUCUGCCACGGACGGAGACAAUGAAUAAUACGGAGCGUUCCAGGCUGAUGCUCUCAUUCAACACCAGCUACGCAUUCAUUGUUUUCAAGGAGACCUGGCGACACUUCUCUUACUUCCAGCACAACAUAGGUCGCAAGGCCUUUUGCACCUCCAAAGAUCUGACGAUCGUCGAAAACCUGCCGAGGGUCUUUGUCCUGCAGAACGAAUCCCCUUUCCUCUGGCCGCUGACCAAAUUCCUGAUGCUGCUCCAGGAGGCUGACAUAACUAUACAUUGGGCCAAGGGAACCAUUGAAGCCACAAAGAAAUUUCUCAACAUAACAUAUCCCGCAAAUUUCUGGUCGCAGGCAGUUCCCAUUCAGGUCGAACAUCUGACGUGGCUCGGAUACUUACUUUGCCUGGGUUACGGACUUGCCACUAUCGUUUUCAUCAUCGAGAGAUUCUACGGGGCUAGGCGUAAUAUGAAUUAA